CAGAAGUCGAAAUCUAAAGGCAGUUGAAAUUCCUUUGGAGAAUUCUGAAAGAAGCACAUUUCUAUCUCCAAGUCAAAUUCUUCACUGAUAAGUUUCAGGUGAAAAAUGGAUAAGGAACAACUUGCCAUUCAGUUCAGGAGGAAGAUGCAGGCGUGAUGACAGUCUACAGGUUACCUUGCAGAAGGGUCGUGGCUUAAGGAAAGUGUGAAAUCAGUGCUAAACUUUGUUAACUGCUGUCAUCAAGACUCGUAAACUAAAAGCAUUUUUUUCUCUAGUUCACCUCUAAAUCACUAUCAAGAUACUUUCAGAAUGUCCAGCAAAGAAGUGAAGACUGCUCUAAAAAGUGCAAGAGAUGCAAUCAGAAACAAAGAGUACAAAGAAGCUUUGAAACAUUGCAAGACAGUGUUAAAACAAGAGAAAAAUAACUAUAAUGCCUGGGUUUUUAUUGGUGUUGCUGCAGCUGAACUAGAACAGCCUGACCAGGCCCAGGGUGCCUAUAAGAAAGCUGCUGAACUAGAGCCAGAGCAGAUACUCGCGUGGCAGGGGCUAGCAAGUUUGUAUGAGAAGUGUAAUCACAUAAAUGCUAAGGAUGAUUUACCUGGUGUUUACCAAAAGCUGUUGGAUCUCUAUGAAAGUGUUGACAGACAGAAGUGGUGUGACGUGUGUAAGAAACUCGUGGAUCUCUAUCACCAGGAAAAGAAACACCUAGAGGUGGCUCGGACAUGGCAUAGAUUGAUAAAGACACGGCAGGAAGAUGGAGCAGACAGACAAGAGCUUUAUGAAUUGUGGAGAAAAUUGAGUCAGUUGCUGGCUGAGAAUAUAGAAGAUCAGAAUAAUGAGACCCAGCAGAUGCUUUUAACUGCAUUUGAGAAUGCACUGGACUUAGCAGAUAACAUUCCCAGUGAAGAUCACCAAGUACUUUACAGGAAUUUUAUUCAGUGUUUGUCUAAAUUUCCUCAUGAGACAACUAGGUUGAAGAAGGCCUGUGAAGGAAUGAUAACUAUCUAUCCUACCAUACAGUACCCACUAGAAGUGAUUUGUUUGUACUUAAUUGACUCAGGGAGCCUGACAGAUGAGGGACUCCAGUAUUGUUGUAAACUAGUGGAAAUGAAUUCAAAAAGUGGUCCAGGCCUUAUUGGCUUAGGCAUUAUAGCUUUACAAGACAAGAAGUAUGAAGAUGCUGUUAGUCAUCUAACAGAAGGCUUGAAGGAAAGCCCUCUCUGCAUAGCUGGGUGGUAUCAUCUAGCAGAAGCCCAAGUCAAAAUGCACAGACCUAAGGAAGCUAUUCUUUCUUGCAAUCAAGCUCUGAAGACCAUAGAUAACCUCGGUGCAUCAAGUGGCAGUCUUCAUCAGAAGAAUCUUUGUCUUCGUCUGAAAGCAGAGGCUUUGCUUAAACUCUCAGAUUGUGCAUCUUCGGAGGAGGCAGUUCGUACCCUUGAUCAGGUUUCUGAUGUAGAUAAUACCCCAGGACUGCUGGUUCUCCAAGGCCUGGCCUGUCUGAACACAGGGGCUGUAGACAAGGCUACAAAGAUCAUGGGAGACCUUGUAGCCUCUUACCCUGAUCUAGCUGAGGCUCACGCUCUUGAGGCCCAGGUUCACUUUGCUAAGAAGGACUAUGUGCAAGCAGAAAUGAGUUUCCAGAGAGCACUUGAGAAAGAUGCUGAAGUUGCUGAAUAUCAUUACCAGCUUGGGUUGACAUACUGGUUCAUGGGUGAAGAAACAAGAAAAGACAGAACAAAGGCUCUUACCCACUUUCUGAAGGCUGCGAGACUGGAUGCACACAUGGGUAAAGUUUUCUGCUACCUAGGCCACUAUUACCGAGAUGUGGCUGGAGAUAGAAACAGAGCCCGAGGGUGUUACAGGAAAGCGUUUGACUUAGAUGACAGCGAUGCUGAGUCUGGGGCUGCUGCAGUUGACCUGAGCGUGGAGCUUGAAGACACGGAAACUGCUUUAGCUAUUUUGACAGCAGUAACUCAGAAGGCGAGUGCUGGAACAGCGAAGUGGGCGUGGCUGAGGAGAGGACUCCACUAUUUGAAAGCCGGUCAACAUUCUCAAGCAGUGUCUGAUUUACAGGCAGCAUUAAGGGCAGACCCAAAGGACUGCAAUUGCUGGGAGUCAUUAGGAGAGGCGUACUUAAGCAGAGGUGGCUACACAACAGCCUUGAAGUCUUUCACAAGAGCCAGUGAGCUCAACCCAGACUCUACAUACAGUGUGUUUAAAGUGGCAGCGAUACAGCAAAUCCUAGGCAGGUAUUCAGAGGCCAUUACACAGUAUCAGCUGAUCAUUGAAAAGAAAGAAGAUUAUGUGCCUGCCUUAAAAGGUUUAGGUGAGUGCCACCUGAUGCUGGGGAAGGCGGCCUUAGUGGAUUUCCUGGACGGAAAAGCUGUGGACUAUGUGGCACAAGCGCUGGGGUAUUUCACCCGGGCCCUGCAGCAUCAACCUGAUGUAUCUUGCCUUUGGAAGCUCGUGGGAGAUGCCUGCACCUGUCUGCAUCCUGUUUCACCAUCUAAAGUGCAUGUUCAUGUCUUGGGAGCCCUUCUCGGCCAGCAGGAAGGACAACAAGUCUUAAAGAAGGAUGGGCUCCUGUGUCUUGGAGGAAGGUGUUAUGGUCGUGCAUUAAAAUUGAUGUCUACAUCUAAUACAUGGUGUGAUCUUGGAAUUAAUUAUUACCGUCAAGCCCAGCAUCUAGCAGAAAUUGGCAGCAGCAUGAAUGAUCUUACUGAGCUACUGGAGAAAUCUUUGCAUUGUCUGAAAAAGGCGGUGCGGCUGAACAGUAAUAAUCACUUAUACUGGAACGCUCUUGGUGUGGUUGCAUGUUACCGUGGAGUUGGAAAUUACGCUCUUGCUCAGCACUGUUUCAUCAGAUCAAUCCAGGCAGAACAAAUUAAUGCCGCUGCAUGGACCAACUUAGGAGUGUUAUACCUUGCGACUGAAAACAUCGAGCAAGCCCAUGAAGCAUUCAAAAUGGCUCAGUCCCUUGAUCCAUCUUAUUUAUUGUGCUGGAUUGGACAAGCUCUUAUUGCAGAGAGAGUUGGAAGUUAUGAUACCAUGGAUCUCUUCAGGCACACUACAGAGCUCAGUAUGCAUACUGAAGGAGCAAUAGGUUAUGCAUAUUGGGUUUGUACAACAUUACAAGACAAAAACAACAGAGAAACAGAGCUAUACCAGUACAACAUCCUCCAGAUGAAUGCUGUCCCCGCGGCACAGGGCGUUCUGUGUAAAUAUGUAGAAAGAUCACAAUCCCCAAGUUUCAUAUUACUUGGCAUCAUCAGAACCCAUCUACAGAUUCAAUGCAAUCCCCAUCAAAAGGCAACUGCACUGUUAAAUUCCUCUGAGGACCAACAUACUUACAAUGUUACAGUAAGAAACUGGGGCAGAUUGUUAUGCUCCAUUGGUGACUGUGACAAAGCCAUCCAGGCCUUUAAGUCAACCCCCCUUGCGGAGCUAGAGGACGUUAUAGGGUUUGCACUUGCGUUGUUUAUGAAGGGCCUGUAUAAGGAAAGCAGCAUAGCCUAUGAGAAAGCCUUGGCUGUUUGUAAAUCAGAGCAAGACAAAGCGCACAUCUUGACAGCUAUGGCAAUAACAGAAUAUAAACAAGGGAAAAUGGAUGCAGCCAAGUCAUUACUCUUCAAAUGCUCUAUUUUAAAGGAACCAACUGCAGAAAGUCUUCAAGCACUAUGUGCUCUAGGGUUGGCAAUGCAGGAUGCCACACUGUCAAAAGCAGCAUUGAAUGAGUUACUCAAACAUAUCAAACACAAGAACGAUUAUCACAGGUGUCUUCUGACGGCAGCAGUUUAUGCACUCCAGGGUCACAGUGUGGCAGUGCAAAGACAAGCAGCCAAGGCUGUGCACAGUAACCCCGCUGACCCUGCUCUUUGGUCUUUGCUAUCUCGAAUCGUUGCUCAGUACACCCAGCGGAGUGCAAAGGGAGGUGCUGUAGCUGGCAAUGUGGCUCGUAUUCUGGAUUCGAAUCAUGGAAAGAAGGCAUUGUUGUAUACUGCAGUGAACCAGUUGGCCAUGGGAAACAGUACAGCGGAGGAUGAAAAAAGUGCUGCUCUAAAGACCAUUCAGAAGGCAGCCUUCCUUUCUCCAGAUGACCCUGCUGUCUGGGCUGGGCUGAUGGCAGCCUGCCAUGCAGAUGAUAAACUGGCUUUGGUCAGUAACACUCAGCCAAAGAGGGUAGAUUUGUACUUGGCAUUGCAGUCUGCUGUUUCUGCUUCACUUAAGGACAAAGAAAUUUUGCAAAAUUACAACCAGUCGCUUGAAAAGUGGUCUUUCUCACAAGCUGUCACUGGUCUGAUUGACACAGGAAACAUAUCUGAAGCUGAAUCUCUGUGCACUAAGAAUUUAAAAAGUAACCCUGAUCAGCCAGCUGUUAUCUUACUGUUGAGACAAGUUCAGUGUAAAUCACUCCUGGAGUCACAGAAGCUCCUCCCAGAUGCUGUGCUAGAAGAACUGCAAAAAGCAGUCAUGUCCAACUCAACCUCUGUCCCAGCAUGGCAGGCUGAUGUCUCCGGUGAUCACUGGCCAUCCUUGGUUCACGAAGCCACAAGCGAGGCCCUGAAGGUCUGCUUCAGCCCGCUGGCUGUCCUCCUGCAAGCGUUGCUACAGUUCAACCGUAAGAUGGGAGCCAGAGAGACACGGCGGCUUUUGGAGAGAGUAGUGUACCAGACUGGAUACCCCAGCUCAAUUGUAUCAACUGCUCGUUGGUACCUCUUAAGACACCUCUAUGCAAAAGAUGACCAUGAGCUAAUUGAUGUGUUGGUGAGGAAUGCUGAGAGUCACGGUGAUAAAAGAAUGUUGGAACUGAAUCAAAAGCUGUCGGCACAGUGAUCAUGGACUGUGAGACUUAAAAUUCUUCAGACCAAGUCUUGGUGAAGUCUACAUGUUCUUGUACUCUGUCUUGCCAGUUCCAUUUCAGAUCCUAUUGAUGAAGCAUAAUAUGAAUGUUUGUAAGACUUUGACUGCUAAUGGAUAUAUUUGUAAAGCUCAGAAUGCUCAGUUAUAUGGUUGCAUUUAAAAACACAUUAAUGGAAAAGUUGGGGAAAAUAAUGCUGAUGAUAUUUUAUUACUCACGCAGUUUUUUUUUUGCUCAUGAUGAAAAGAAAUGACUUGAAAUAAAACAAAAAUCAGUGUCUUAUUUUUUCAUAUUAUUAAUAUGAAACAUAGUUUUUAAAUUUCAGGUUUUAAAACUUAAAAGCAGAGUUACCUAUUUUUUUCAAAGUGUAAUUUAUAUAUUUAAAUAACCUAUAUGUCACUCACUUUGGAUUGUGAUUUUAAAUAUUCCAGUGGGUAUGGUGGUACAUGCCUUUAAUUAUCAGUACUUGGGAGCAGAGGCAUGCAAAUCUCUAAAUUUGAGAUUAGCCUGGUUUAUGUAGAAAGUUCCAGGCCAGCCAGAAUUGCAUAGUGAGAUCUUGUCUCAAUAAAUUUUCUUCAGAUGUAAACAUUUAUUGUACAGAGAUAUGUGGCAGUAUAAUUAAUUUUGUAUGUGUUUUUUUUCUCAGCCAGCAGGCUCAUUGUAUUAUUUUGUGAAAUCCUAUGAAUUGGUAAUAUUCUUUAAUUAAAUUGUAUGUCAGAGGUUAUUCUCUUAGACAGAACUGUAACCUGGAUUUUUCCAUUUGUGGUGAAACAUUAUAAUCACUGACAGUUAUUCAAUCAGAAACCUUAGGGUAGGAGGGCUCAGAACUCAGCAUUCUGAUGGAGCCUGAGGAGGUCUAACACUUGCACAGACCUGAACACAAAGGCUUUUCUGGAUGUUUCUCCCUGAUCCUCCUGGUAAGCUGAUCCAGCGUGUGCAGCCUGACCCCAAGGCAGCUAUGUGUGCGCCAGAGAAGGCACUGUGCAGCUCAGUGCCCACGUCCUUCUGUCUUCUCCUGGCUAGGCUGCUGCCAUCUGCCUGUAUUAGACAUGGCCCCUGCCAUCCACCUGCUUUCUGGGGGUGUCAUCUGAUUCACAAGGUUAUUUCCUUCCCCAUUUAGAUUAUGUGGCCUGUUUUUGGUUUAGAGAAUGUAUUCACUUAAGAUUUGUAUACUGAAAUCACUCACAGUGUGUUUAGCCUUUGCUCCAGCCCAAAUUCAAGCAAUGACCUUUGGAUUCUUUUGCCAAUUCUGGCUUUCAGGACCCUGAGUUUUCUGCAAAUCAGGGUAGUAAAAAAAAUGUCUUUAAUAUUCAUUCCGUUGAUUCUUGUUUGCAUUUAGAAUGCACACAUGUAGGUUAUUUUAUACCAAACUUGGCGUCCUUUACCUUCUCCUUUAAUAUUGGUGAUAAACAACGUUCUUAAAGCAAGGCACUUUGAAACACAUCAACGUUAUAAAGCUGUGGAAAAAUGAAUUAAAGCUAAUUUCAAGGACUAA